CAGGCACAUUACAACAUGCAGUGUUUGGCAUGUACAUUGGAAUUCAUCUUCCUUUUGAAGUUUGUAUUCAUUCUCAAAGCUACUUAUGGAAAGGAGAUAAAUCAGACCGCAUCUGUUACUGGUAUAGAAGGAGGUGCUGUAAUAAUGAACUGCAGUUUGUCAGAAGAAUCGGUAGGAUCUGUUCGAUGGUACAAGGGAAGCAAUCAGCAGAUCUUGUUCUCACAGCUCUCAAGUGAUAAAUCAGAUUCACGAGUAAGAGUCACUGCAGUGGAUGAACUAGCAAGAAACAUUAUGUCCAUCACAUUUACAAAUAUUACCUUGGACGAUGCUGGGCUAUAUUACUGCGUGAAGCUUAAAUCAGACAACGAAAAUGUUUCAGCAUCAGGGUCUCAAACCCAACUUUUUGUGAACAGUAAGUACAAAACUGUUAAAAGAAUUAUAAGGAUGUGA